AUGCUCUUAAGAGAUAUCGCACAACAGGCAGCACAGCAUGCAGCAGCAGAAGGCUGCAGCAGACACGGGGCCCUUUCUUUAGAGGAAGAAUCUCCGUGGCUAUACCAGUACUCUUGGCUUCCCGUUGCCUCUUCUCUGUCUAGUCUUAGGGACGGCAACAGCGGCGGCUGCAACUCCCGCCAGCAGCAGCUGCUGCCUGCCCCGUUUGCGUCGACGGACUGCAGCACUGCUGCUGCAAAGACACCUCACAUCGUCUCCUUUAGCACCAAACUGCUGCGGCUGAACUCUAAGGAAGCCCCAAUGCGGCCUCUAUCGUGCUGCCAUGGUAUUGUUGAAUGGGUACAAGAUGUUUGUCCCCUUUCUACUCUCUGCGAAUUCUUCUCUGGGUCCCCCCUAGCUGCAUCUCCAGCUAGUAAACGCUAUGCGGCUUUUCUUAGAGAUGCAGCAACAGCAGCAACAGCAGCUGCUGCUGCAGCACCAGAUACUGCUGCUGCGGAUGCAAAGAGGGAGGCGCGGAAGCGUUCAGGAGCAGCACCUGCAGCUCCUGAUGCAACUGCUGCAGGAACAGCAGCAGCAGCAGCAGCAGCACAGGGGAGGAGAGCAGCUCACGGUGUGGGGCCGGCAGAAGUGUGGGAAAAGAUAUUUGAGCUGCCUGCCGCUGCAGUAGAGGAGGUAUACAGCGAGUGUGUUGAGCUAGCUAGCUCUUGUCCUGCUAAACAAACAGCAGCAGCAGCACCCAGCAGCAGCAGCAGGGGCCUCAGCUGGAGAAGCAGCAGCUGUGGCCUGCUUGGGGGCCCCGCAGUGGCCCCUAUUAAUUCCUUGUUAGCGUGCUUAGCGGCUAUCUCCGCAGAUGCUGAAGAACUGCUGCUGUUCAGGAGACACUUUGCUGUCUCCUUAGCAGCAAAUGCUGCUGUGGGGUAUUGUCUAGGUAUUGGGGACAGACACCUUAGCAACUGUCUCCUCGACCUACAUACAGGCGAGUGUAUAGACAUUGACUUUGGCUAUGCCUUUGACUUUGCUGUCUAUGGGCUGCCAGUGCCCGAAAUGUCUCCUUUUCGUCUGUCCCCUUGUCUCCUCCGUGUUGUGGGGCCCCCUGGUGCACGGGAGUACUCGCUGCUGCAGUCUCCUUUCUUCAAGCAAUACAGCAGCAGCAGCAGCUGCAGGCUCUCCCGUGCCUCAGCAGCAACUGCAGGAACAACAGCUGCUGCUGCUUCCGCUGCAGUACCAGUGCAUGCAUGGGCAUCAGGCGCUUUGGGGCUUUUCGAGCACCGCCUUGCAGCAGCAUUGGAGUGUCUGCGUAACCAAAGAGACUUUUUGCAUGCAGCUGUUGAGUUGUUUGUCCGAGACCCCGCAGCUCUCUAUCGCACUGCUGCAGGGAGGAAAGCAGCAGUGUGGGGUGAGGGAGACAUGGGAGCGCUUGAGAUCGCCACUGGGAUCGCCUCCAGGCCUUCGUUAGAUGAUGGAGACUCCCUUGGACCCCCCACCGUGCGCCUGCAGACACCCAAAGCAGCUGUGUUGGGUGUAUCUGUCUCCAAGUGUGGGGCCCCACACCUUGCAUGCAACGCUCCCCAAGAAGGGAGAGGAACCACCACCAACCCCAGCAACAGCAGCGGCAACAGCAGCAGCAGGAGGGAUGCGACUGAGGAAGCUAGGCACCGGGUGCUGACCACCUUAAAGAGAAAAUUGAAGGGUGUACAUCCAUCCUUGAUUCUCCUCGACCUCUUGCAAGACCAUUGCCAGCCCUACAUCGCCUCUGCUGCUGUUCGCCCCUCCUCUGUCUUGUGGGGUUUGGUGACGGGUAUCGAACCCUUCAGGGCCCGAUCCGCCCUCUUACCCUCCUCUUUCUCUAAGCAGCAGCAGCAACAGCAGCUGCAGCAGCUGCAGCUGCUGCAGCAGGAGGCUAGUUGUUAUCCCUUAAGCUCCGCUGAGCAGGCACGCUGUCUUAUAGAGAUAGCAACAGACCCUAAUGUCUUAGGACGUGCAUGGGGGGGACUAACGCCUUUUAUAUAA